GGAACCAAGAUCUCCCAGGAGGUAGUGUGGGACAAGCUGCUGCCGGCCGAAGAAUGCUGCAGCUGAGCCUGUCCUGGCUGGGCCUGGGGCCACUGGCAGCCUCCCCGUGGCAGCUCCUGCUACUGGUGGGGGCCUCCUGGCUCCUGGCCCGCUUCCUGGCCUGGGCCUACACCUUCUAUGACAACUGUUGCCGCCUCCGAUGCUUCCCGCAGCCCCUAAAGCGGAACUGGUUUUGGGGUCACCUGGGCCUGGUGACAAUCGAUGAGGAGGGUUUACGUCUGUUGGAGAAACUGAGCCACUACUUCCGCGAUGUCCAUGUCUGGUGGAUUGGGCCCUUCUACCCUGUCGUGCGACUCGUCCACCCUAAGUUUGUUGCCCCAGUGCUCCAGGCCCCAGCUACCAUCGCGCCCAAGGAUAUGAUUUUCUACAACUUCAUGAAGCCCUGGCUGGGGGAUGGGCUCCUGCUGAGUGCUGGUGACAAGUGGAGGCACCACCGCCACCUGCUGACGCCUGCCUUCCACUUUGAAAUCUUAAAGCCUUAUAUGAAGAUUUUCAACAAGAGCGCAGAUAUCAUGCAUGCCAAGUGGCAGCACCUGGCCUCAAAGGGCAGUGCCCGUGUGGACAUGUUUGAACACAUCAGCCUCAUGACCCUGGACAGUCUGCAGAAAUGCGUCUUCAGUUUUGACAGCAACUGUCAGGAGAAUCCUAGUGAAUAUAUUGCUGCCAUUUUGGAGCUCAGUGCCCUCGUGACCAAACGGGCUCAGCAGAUCUUCCUGCACUUGGAUUUCCUGUACUACCUCACCCCUGAUGGGUGGCGCUUCCGCCGGGCCUGCCGCCUGGUGCAUGACUUCACAGAUGCCGUCAUCCAGGAGCGGCGCCGCACCCUCUCUGAUCAGGGUGUUGAUGACUUCCUCAAGGCCAAAGCUAAGACCAAGAUGUUGGACUUCAUUGAUGUGCUCCUGAUGAGCAAGGAUGAAGAUGGGAAGGAAUUGUCAGAUGAGGACAUUCGAGCUGAAGCUGACACCUUUAUGUUUGAGGGCCAUGACACCACGGCCAGCGGCCUCUCCUGGGUCCUACACAACCUUGCAAAACACCCAGAAUACCAGGAGCGCUGCCGGCAGGAGGUGCAAGAGCUCCUGAGGGACCGUGAGCCUCCAGAGAUUGAAUGGGAUGACCUGGCCCAGUUGCCCUUUCUGACUAUGUGCAUCAAGGAGAGUCUGCGGUUGCAUCCCCCAGUCACGGUCAUCUCCCGCUGCUGUACCCAGGACAUGUUGCUUCCUGAUGGCCGGGUCAUCCCCAAAGGGAACAUCUGUGUCAUCAGCAUCUUUGGGGUUCAUCACAACCCGUCUGUCUGGCCAGAACCCGAGGUAUACAACCCCUUCCGCUUCGACCCAGAAACCUCCCAGAAGAGGUCACCUCUGGCUUUUAUUCCCUUCUCGGCGGGGCCCAGGAACUGCAUUGGGCAGACCUUCGCCAUGACCGAGAUGAAGGCGGUGCUGGCGCUGACGCUGCUGCGCUUCCGCGUCCUGCCGGAUGAGGCCGAACCACGUCGGAAGCCGGAGCUGAUUCUGCGCGCGGAGGGCGGACUUUGGCUGCGGGUGGAGCCGCUGAACAUGGGCUCUCAGUGACCCUCCCACCACCUGGCUUUAGAUCCACCCUGAACCAAAUAUCUCCCUUUGCAGGUUCCCAGGAAAAAGAAACUGUGCCGUCACUUCUGUCCCAGCAUCCCCCAGAGCCAGCAGUGGGCGCUUAGGCCUGCAGGGAGCCUAGGGACUGGGCGUGGCUUGGUGGAAGCAGAGUCUGGUGUUUCUGAGCCCUAGACCCUGACUGCCGCUCCUGCUGACCACGGGGCACCCGCACUCUGAUCUCAGGUUCUCCCAGAGCCCAAUAUGGUGUUUAUCCUGCGGGCAAUGGGGAACCAUGGGAGAUGUUUGAGCAGGAGAGGGACCAAAUGGUGGCUAUU